AACACACAAUGAAGAAAGUUCCGGGAGGACUUUUGACCCCGCAGAAGGGAAACUCCAAGGUAUGAACUACAUGUUACUGUUUUGGUUGGUUGUGAAUUAUCAAAUAAAAAUAAUGUAGUCGUUCAGACUUAUAAUUGUAAAAUUAAGUAGAUUUAAUAGCAUGUGUAUUCAUAAUGAGGACCACUUUUCGGGACCUUUAAUUUUAUUAUUAAUAUUCGUAUGCCUGGUCUGUAUUAUAUACACUCACUGACAAUACAUUUUGCUCAUACUGAGCUGGACCUUCUUUUGUCUUAAUUUUGGUGUGGCACGCAGUCAACAAAGAAAAAACAAACAGGAAAGUUGUUGUAAUGUUCAGAAAAACAAUUUGUCAUUGGGUAAGUACUUUAAAUAAUUUGUAUACAUGUAUCCAAAGUGUGUUUAAAAAAAUAUUCCCCACACCAUUACACCUCCACCACCAGUCGUAUUGAUUGAUACAAAAUAUGAUAAAUAAAGCCACAUUGUCUUAAAUCUCCUUCUAUCUGGUAGAAAUGUUAAGCAGUGCCAGUAAAGAAGAGAUAAACGGAGAGCUGAAAUGCAUGUUCAAAGGGGCAGUGAUCCCUUUAAAUUAAUCAUUAAACAGAGUUUAAACAACUCCAGUCACUGUUUGGUUAGAUUUUUGCUUUGCUGCUGAACUGGAACAUACACAACAGGCUGCUGCAGGAAUCUGCAGGCUGCAAUCGCCCUAAACCAUCCACACAGGUAGGCAGACUUCAAACCAGAUUUGAAGAGAGUCACAGUAGCUGGGUUUGUAAAAUGUGCACAAUAUUUAAUUUUUGUUAAUUUACAAAACUAUUUAAGGUAGAAAAUGUACAUGCAUUUUAUCUAUACCUUCUAAACUAAAUUGUCAGAUAAACAUUUGAAAUGAUUUUUGUGUAAGUCCAAACAGCAUGUUGCACAUCUUGACUGUGGAAAUUUGCUUUAAAUUUGUCUGAAGGUCUUUAGAAGCAUUCAUGUUUACAGUAAUGGAUCAUUUUAAUCUGAUGUACAUUUUUACAAAUAACAGUACUGUAACACUUUGCAUGCAUGUAAUUUUCAUAAGGUUUUAAAUGAAAGACAUUUAAUAGCGUUACGCAAGUCUCACCUUCCUAAUUUGACAUGCUUUUCUAUCUCUACACAUCUUGCUGUAUCGAUUCCUCAGACCUGCUGAGGUGGCAAUGGCCCGCAUCCUGUCCUUGUUCCGGCCUCAACCUUUUCUAGCCCUCCUGGGAAGAAGAAACCCCACGUUCUGCAACAUGUCCAUGGACUCAGGCGCGCGGGAAACCUUCAGAGCAGCAGUGGAAGCUGUGCAGCCGGACACCGUGGUGCGGCAGAGCGUAGAGCGUAAUGGCGACUCGGUCAUUAUUGACGGACGCAGAUUCACACUCAGUCACAACAUGCAUCUGGUGGGCUUUGGGAAAGCAGUUCUGGGAAUGGCUGCAGAGGUAGAGAGGAUUCUGGGCGAUCAUCUAGUUAGAGGAGUCAUCAGCGUGCCACAUGGGAUACAGCAGACGUUACAACAGCAUGGAAAAAGCCGUUUGUUGCUAAAAGCAGACAGUCGGAUCAAAGUCAUGGAGGGAGCCAAACACAACCUACCUGAUGACGACUCUCUGAAGGCGGCCGAAGGCAUCAAGCAGUUAGCUACUGAAUUGACAGAAAAAGAUUUACUGCUUGUACUAAUAUCAGGUGGAGGCUCUGCACUGCUACCAGCACCAAUACCUCCAAUCUCGCUGCAGGAGAAGCUUGAUGUAACUCGCAGACUUGCAGCUGCUGGCGCGACCAUCCAAGAGCUCAACAAAGUUCGUCGAGCGCUCUCUUUGUUGAAGGGUGGAGGGCUUGCACACCACGCUCACCCCGCACAGGUGGUUUCACUCAUACUGUCUGACGUGAUUGGGGACCCUCUUGAUUUGAUAGCAAGCGGCCCAACAGUGACAUGCGAGGUGUGGCCGGAGGAGGUUUUAUCCAUCCUUGAACGACACAAACUUCUCAGCUCCAUGCCAGCUUCAGUCACACAGGUCCUUGCGAGACAGGGUCCCCGCUGGAAGGAGAGUAACAAGCACUCGGAUUCACCUGGAGAGGCUCUCAAUGCUGUGAUUGGUUCCAAUACCGUCGCGCUCACCUGCGCUGGCCAGCGAGUUCGAGAGCUGGGUUUCCGUCCUGUUGUACUUUCACCGGGAGUCUGCGGCGACGUGAGGCUCGUCUCCAGGCUGUACGGCCUGCUGGCCCGGUUCGCAUGUUCCCGGGAGGAACCGCCUCCGGAGGUCGCAGCCGAAGUGCUGAGGCUUGGACCGGAGGUCGGCGUGGAGAGCUGGGACCUGUGCCGAACCAUGCAGGUGUUGGGCGAAGGGCGCGCCGAGGGGUGGGGCGCCACGUGUGUGCUAGCUGGAGGAGAGCCCACCGUGGAGCUAACGGGCAAAGGGCGAGGAGGUCGAAACCAGGAGCUGGCUCUCCGAGUGGGACUGGAACUGAGAGGCCUGGAGCUCCCGCCGCAGGGGCCCGUGUUUCUGAGCGGCGGCACUGAUGGUCAGGACGGACCCACGGAGGCUGCGGGGGCCGUCACUGAUGCUGGGCUGUACGACGAAGCCCAAGCCCAGGGGUUAGACAUCGACGGCUUCCUCAGAAAUAAUGACUCCUACACUUUCUUUUCCCGUCUGUCAGCCGGAGAGCGUCUGCUGGUGCCUGGCCUGACCUGCACUAAUGUCAUGGAUGUUCAUGUGCUGCUUAUCCCACCUAUUCCCAUUAAAAUUAGUUAACACACGGGCAAAAAUAAUGAGUAGAUCAUCAUGUCAGUAGACAUGAAAGGCUUUUUAUGGUUUUCUAUUUUCAUGCUUGACACUCAUGGUAGGCAGAGGUGAGUACAGUACCCACAAAUUGUACUCAAGUAAGAGUAGCACUACUACUACAUAUUUUUACUCAAGUAAAAGUAAAAAGCUGUUCAAUAAGUUAUUCAAAUAAGAGUAAAAAUGUAUUUGGUAAAAAGGCUGAAAGUACUGAGUAACAUAAUUUAAUAUUUAAAGAUUACAUCAUCAGAUGCAAAGGCGCAUCUCAUAAAGUUAGUGGAAAUUUUGGUAUUUUAAAGAUCAAAAUGAAAAUAAUUGAUCAUAUGCAAUGCUACAAUUAUGAAAUAAAAUAAGGCAAAUGAAACAUUAGAGCUGCUGCCUUGCAACAAGAAGGUCCUGGGUUUGAUUCCCGGCCCGGGGUCUUUCUGCAUGGAAUCUGCAUGUUCUCCCUGUGCAUGGUGGGUUCUCUCCGGGUUCUCCGGCUUCCUCCCACAGUCCAAAAACAUGACUGUCAGGUUAAUUGGUCUCUCUGAAUUCUCCCUAGGUGUGUGUGUGUGUGUGUGUGAAUGGUUGUGUGUCCUGUAUGUUUCUGUGUUGCCCUGUGACUGGCCACCUGUCCAGGGUGAACUCCGCCCCUCACCUGCAACGUUAGCUGGAGACAGGCAGCACCCCUCCUGACCCCUAAGGGACAAGGGUGUCUGAAAAUGGAUGGAUGAAAAUAUUUCCCCAAAUAAUUUUUUGAAACUUUAACAAAAACUGCAGGUCUAUGUCAGUGUUUUCCUUCUUAAUGUGAAAUCUUUCUAAUGUUAUGUGCUAGCUGACAGCAAGAUUGUACAUCAAAUAUUAUUCUGACCUCAUCUUGUUUUUCAAUAAAAAUGAAAUGACUACAGAUUUAUUUGUUUUUUCUU